UGCAGAGCUACAUUACUCUUUGAAGUCCUCUGCCUAUAUAAACACCAAAAAAACUACUCAUUUUGGCCAUCUAAAAAACCACCAAUUAGAUACAAACACACAUUCAAACAUUUCUAUUGACAUGGGUGGUUUUAGUUUCCGAAAACUAACAUUUACACUUGUCAUUGCAAUUCUUGUGUGGGCUUCAAGCAUUGAAACUUCCAAUGCCAGAAGGGGUAAGCAUUGGAGGCAUGGCACCUUAAGUUCUUUGUACAAGAAAAAAGGAAAGAAUCAUGGACACCAAGUCAUUGUCGAAAAAUCAAAACCAAAAUCAAAGUCAAAAUCGAAACAAAAACAACCGCUCCCAACCCCAGAAGAACCGCAGGCUCCUCCUGCACCACAAAAGGGUUCAAAGUUUAAUGUUCUCGAUUAUGGAGCUAAAGGGGAUGGUAGUUCUGACGAUACAAAGGCAUUUCAAGCCGCAUGGGCAGACGCUUGUAAAGUGGAAGCAUCAACGAUGAUCGUGCCAUCGGAUUACGAGUUCCUCGUGGGACCCAUUUCUUUCUCUGGUCCUUACUGUCAAAGAGACAUUCUUUUUCAGCUUGAUGGUACAAUCAUAGCUCCAACAGACUCGAAAGCAUGGGGUAAAGGUCUACUGCAAUGGCUUGAAUUUACAAAACUUGUAGGACUCACAAUCAAAGGAAAGGGCACUAUUGAUGGAAGAGGCUCGGUUUGGUGGACAAAAUCUAUACUUGAUGAUCCUGUUGACAAUGAAGAGAAAUUAGUUGUUGCAAUAAACAAUAUCACCAUUACAGAAAAUCUACCAAUAAGCAGCUCACUUGAUGGAAAAAUGCCUAACGUCAAGCCAACGGCACUGAGGUUUUAUGGGAGCUUUAAUGUGACGGUCACAGGCAUAACAAUUCAAAAUAGUCCUCAAUGCCACCUCAAGUUUGAUAACUGUGACGGAGUUUUAGUAUACAGCCUUAAGGUCUCAUCUCCCGGUGACAGUCCCAAUACCGAUGGAAUUCACUUGCAGAACUCCAAGGAUGUGCUAAUUCACACGGCAGACCUUGCUUGUGGGGACGAUUGCAUAUCCAUACAAACAGGAUGCUCAAACGUAUUUGUCCACGAUGUCAAUUGUGGACCGGGGCAUGGCAUAAGCAUUGGAAGCCUAGGAAAAGAUGGCACAACAGCAUGUGUCUCCAACAUCACUGUCCGCAAUGUUAAUAUGCAUAAUACAAUGACCGGUGUUAGGAUCAAAACUUGGCAGGGAGGGUCAGGGUCUGUUCAAGGAGUAUUAUUCUCAAAUAUUCAAGUAUCUGAAGUCGAAUUCCCAAUCAUGAUUGAUCAGUAUUACUGUGACCACAGCAGCUGCACCAACCACACAUCAGCCGUGGCUGUUUCAAAUAUUGCGUAUGAAAAUAUAAAAGGAACUUACACAGUAAAACCAGUCCACGUCUCGUGUAGUGACAACAUGCCAUGUAGGGACGUAAGGCUGACCGACAUUGAACUCAAACCAGUCCCCAAAGGCUAUCACAUGUACGACCCGUUCUGCUGGCAAGCGUUUGGGGAACUGAAUGCACCCACCAUCCCAGAUAUCAGUUGUUUACAGCAAGGCACGCCAUCAAGCAGUUGGGAUCCUGAUGAGUCAGGAUGCCCAGCUUAACGCACGUAUGACUUGGUGCAUCAAUUAGCGAGGUCGGUGUAGUUGCUGGCCCCUUUCAGAUCAUAUAUAGAGCUGCUUGAAAGUGAGUAUAUAUAGGAUUAUAUUUACAUGUAGUAUAAUAAUAUAUAUAAAAAUACUAAAAGAUUGGUUGUAUUAAAGGGAUGCUUGAUUCAUAUUACGUUAGAUUUGUACACUGGAAAGAAAGUAGUUGUGUCUUAUUUAUUUAGUUAUCAAAUCAUUGGAUGUUAGCAA